AUUAGACAUAGUAUUUACAAACAAAGAGAGAAACUCUUUGUAACCAUUUUGUAGCUCGGUUGUGUUCCAGUAACAUGUGGCUUGCUGAUGCAAAGGUUAUUGUGUACUUCAUCUACAAGUGCAGUAAUUUUUUCAUUUCCUCAUGUUCUAGUGAUGUUCUAGAGAAUGCUUGUCCAUGGCUUCCAAUGCCUUCCUCUUGUUUCUGUGGUUUUGCAGGCUCCUUGUCUUCGGCAUUCCAUAAGGAACACGAUUCACUCGUGCCCGUACAAGGCAAACUGUUUUUGUGUAGUCAGUGCGGCUAUGUGAACAAAAAAAGAGGGCUCAUGCGAACACACCUUCGCAAACACUGGGCAAGCGCCCCUUCCAGUGCCACCUGUGCCCAGCUGCAUAUACUCAGAAAGGGAACCUCAAUGCCCACAUGCGCACCCACACAGGGGAGCGUCGCUUUUCCUGUGACUGCUGCAGUGCAUCGUUCUCAAAGAAACAGUCCCUUGUGGAUCACAUGCGCACUCACACAGGCGAUUGUCCAUUUUCCUGUGACCAGUGCAAUGUGUCGUUUGCAAAGAAGACCAGUUUCACUAGGCACAUGAACACACACAAAAUAGCGUCCAUUCUUCUGUUGCCACUGCAAUGCAUCUUUUUUAUGAAAACAACAGCUUGUAAACCACGUGUACCAUCAUCAUACAAGAAAGUCAAGAUAAAAAGUUCCUUGUCUUCGGCAUGCCAUGAGGAGUACCAUUCGCUCGUGUCUGUACAAGGCGGACUGCAUUCGUGUCUUAUGUGUAGCUAUGCGACCAAGGUAAAAGGACACAUGCAAGUACACCUUCGCAAGCACACGGGAGAACGCCCUUUCCAGUGCCACCUAUGCCCAGCUGCAUUUUCUCUGAGAGCAACCCUCGUUGAUCACAUUCGCACCCACACGGGAGAGCGUCCCUUUUCCUGUGACCGCUGCAGUGCGUCGUUUGCACUAAAGAAGACCCUCGUGAAGCACAUGCGAACCCACACGCGAGAGCGUCCGUUUUCCUGUGAGCAUUGCUCUGCAUCAUUUUCACGAAUGACGAACCUCAUAAGGCACAUGCACAGCCACACAGGAAACCGUCCCUUUUGUUGUGACCACUGCAGUGCAUCUUUCGCACUGAAAAAGACCUUCGUGAACCAUAUGCGCAUCCACACAAGAGAGGGUGCCUAUUCUUGUGACCACUGCAAUGCGUCCUUCUCUCAGCAAAACCGCCUGACGGACCACAUGUCUCGUUAUCAUGAAGACAAGAAGCCAUAAAAUUUGAGUGCUUUACUGACCUUCUGUAAGGGGGGAAGCAUAUCAGGGUGAAGAGAGCUCGUUGAUCAGAAGUGACAGUGAAAGAGUAGUUCGAGGUUUGGAAAGUCUCUUUGUUCAGCAAAUGAUAAUGGCGCGAAUUCUUGGGAGGAAAGGCAAGUGGUAGAAAAGAGUGCAAAGGAGAGGCCACCUUCUUGAGAUAGUAUUCACACUAGCGUGCACUACUUUUGGGUAAGGGUCCCUUAUGAGAUCUGUUGAGUGGGUACAGGCUUUCGAACUAUGUGCCGCUGAAGGGUUGAAGAAAGAUAUCUCCCCAUUCAUAAAACUAGAAACAGCAAUUUUCUAAUUAUGUGUCUGGUAAUCUACAUAUUAAGCUAUGGUGGCAGUGCUGAUGGUUUGUUCACAUUAAUUUGUUUUCCUUGAUGUCAUGAUACUGCAUAAUGAAUAUAAACUACAAGUAAUGAAUUAUGAGGCAUUUUAUUGGCUAGCCUGCUCCCACAUUUGUCUUGCGAAUCAUUCGAAUGGCUUGUAGUUUGGACAACAAUAUUUAGGUAUUUGUAUUCAUAUAUGUUUGACAUACUGCAAACCUCAUAUUGAAAAUAUUUGUCAGGAAGGAGAAAAAAAUAAAUAUAAUAAAGUCACUACUACAGAAGCAUACUAGUACUCAUUCAAAAUACUAGUACAGACUUUUGAGUAAGAGUGUGAUGGUAAAAAAUUUACAUUUAUAAAUGAGAACACCUAAAUAUAUAUCACUCAUACAGUCAUAUCAUACUUAGAGGUAUAAGGAUACGAUCAUACCCAGAUAUAUUCUAGACUUACAAAAAAGAAGUUUGCUCAUUCUAGUGGAAUUUUGUGAAGCCUAUGUGGCUUUUUUUUUUUUCAGCACCACAGGGAACUGUAAUGGCACACUCAGGACAUUGCUAUGUCGUCGAAGAUUGGCCAAUAUAAAACAGCCAUUACAAAGCACCAUUUAAUUUUCUAUUCUGGAAGGACAGAUUUCAUUGCCAAGCUUUUCUGUAAUCUUGUUGAAAAACCUUGAUAUAUCAGUGUCUUAAAAAACAUGUUUUAAAAUUAAAUAUUUAAUAGGAUACUUUCUAAAUUCAAUAAAUAUUCAAUUUAUUUGAAUAGCAAAAAAAAUGGGCCCUAAGAUAAUUUCGGAUACUUGAGCACACAGAGUGCGCGCAUUUUGUUACAGACAAUUCCAUUACUCUGAGCCACCACAAUAAGAACGUGCGGCUGAGGGAGAAGCUACACUCAAAAAGAUAUGAAUACACUAAAGUAGUCCUGUAUUUACAACCAAGUUGUAAGGCUGGUAAAUCUUUUUCUUCUUAUCUCAUUUCUAGUUUUCUUUUCGGAUGAAAUUUUUCUAGUUACAUUUUAUUUCAUAUGCUUCAUGUAUCACCAUAUAGGUACUUCGAUGCACAUUAAAGUGUGAUGAUUAGCUUGAUGGUCUAAUGCUAAGUAGUGUGAUGUCACAAAUGAAAAUAAAUUUCGUGAUUUAA